AUGGGGCUCAACUACCAGAACAGCCAUCCUGCCAGUCACGCUGCCUUGGCCAUUUCUUUCGUCCUGGAAAAGAAACCUGCUGGCGGCAGAUCUCUCGUAUACGUCUUGCAUGUCUCGAUCUUCCCCACCUACAUCAUGUUCGUCCCUGUCUACAUGUCCAACCCCGCAUUUCUCUUAGCCACAUCCUUGGUCCGGCUCCUGAUCGCUGGUGGAGUGCAUGCUAGAUCCAGGCGUGCAGAAAGUUUUCCGCUCUCUCUCUUCUCUUCAUCAUGUCUGCUAGAGCUGCACCGAACCCGAGCCCUUGAGCCAACCACUCACUCCGACCCUAAACCAUCAACGCCAGACUAUGCGUCCUCCUACUGCCUGUGUAGUGUGUCGGUCGAUGCCAACUGGCAUAACCAAUCACCAACUACUACUCCCGACACCGUUGCAUCUGGUCCGAGUCGGUGCCAGAGCAUCGCGACGGAACUGCCAUCCCAACCUUUGUGCAUAGAGCUUGUCGAAUUGUAUUUCCGGUACAUACACGACACCUUCCACUCCCUCUUCCAUCCACCUAGCGUGAUGGAAGAUGUCAUCAACGGCGCACUUCCGAGGGUCCUCCUGUUUGCUAUGAUCAGUCUCUCUGCAAGGUUUUCAGAGGAUCCUUUCUUCGCGGGCAUUGAUCCUAGGAUCCGGGGCAGGCCAUAUGCCCAGGAAGCUGAGCAUCUCCUCAACCUGCGAGAAGUCUCCUUGACGACUUUGCAGGCGGCCGUCCUUGUCGGCGCCUAUGUCAUCACGGAAGGCGAAGCAGCGGCUGAGUCUGUCUUCUACAGCGUGGCUUGUCGGAAUGCAUUGUUGCUCGAUCUUCCCAACAUGGCCGUUACAUCCAGGGUCGAGCAGGAGGUGAAUCGGCGGGCGUGGUGGACACUGUGUAUGAUUGAUGUCUGGUCUUCUAGAGGUGUCCGUAUCCCGCGAAUGCUGACGCCUAGGAGUGACGUCCCCUACCCAAUGGAAGAGACGGUAUUUCACAGACUGCGCUCUGAUGGCAUGGACGUUCCGAGCCCGUCUCACCUGCAGGAGUCGAGCGCUUCGCUGCUGACGCAGAUGAUUAAGCUGAAUGCGAUCCUGUUUGAGAUCAGCACGGUCAACGAACUGGCGGCGUCCCAUUCACACCUCGAUAGCGGCCACCAGGAAGCCGUCGACACACUCACUGCCAAGUUAGAAGGCUGGUACAACAACCUGCCCAUUGGGCUGCAGGACACACAUGCAAACCUGUCUCGCUACGCCACCAUGGGGCUCGGCCCAAUGUUCGUGGCUGUCUACUUGGGAUAUUACCACUUUGGGCAGUUACUGUACUACCCAUACUUGCACGAGGACUCAUAUGACGAUACCAUCCAUGCGCGAUAUUACGCCGACAAAUGCAAGGGCCACUCGAUUGGGCUUUGCGAGAUUCUGUACCGGGCAUAUUCCACCCCGGGCUGCGAGGUAUACUACACGAUGGUGGGGCACGUCUUGGUCAUUGCGUCAACGGUCCAACUCCACAUCCUGCUCUUCAGCACCGACGAGGUACAGAUCCGGACCGCGCGGUCGCGUCUGGAAAGGAACUUUGAGAUCUUGACGCGCCUGCAGACCUUCUGGCCCACCUUGGACGUGUGCUUCACACGAUUCCGCGAGUUUCACAAAGCGUGCCAGAAAUAUAAGGAGACGUCCUUCCGCAUGGACAAAUGGAUGCUGCAAUUCCUGUUUGAGUUUGCAAAGCCCGUUGGCGAAAAGGAUCCAGAUGAACUCGCAGAACUCAGGCCGUGGACUAUGCAGGAUUUGGGGUUCACACCUCCUGCUUGA